AUGUCAGUGGUUUGUCUGGGUGGCUCUGUAAACAGCCUGAGACAGAGGACAGAGCCUACACACCAUCUGAUACGGGCUGAUGUCAGUGCUGAGCCUUCAUCCGUGCAGUGUACCCUCCAGGGUGCCCCUCGUGUGCCAGCAUUCUCAAAGGAUGGGGACUUUGUUAUUGGAGGCAUUUUCUCCAUUCAUUACCAACUUUAUACAGUUAUUAAUAGCUACACCACCAAGCCUGAGCCUCUGAAAUGCACAGGGAGCUUGAACACUCGAGUUCUGCGCUUCGCACGAACAAUGAUCUUUGCAAUCGAGGAGAUAAACAACAGCACCGAGCUGCUGCCCGGUGUCAAACUGGGAUAUCAGAUCUAUGAUUCGUGCAUAGCAGUGCCAGUGGCCAUCCACAUUGCGUUUCAACUGUCAAAUGGUCAGGACCCUGUGUUUUACGAAGGCAGUAACUGUUCUCAGUCUGGAGUGGUGAUGGCUGCUGUUGGAGACUCAGGAUCCACUCCAUCUAUCAGCAUUUCACGCAUCUUCCAGUCCUUCAGCAUUCCUCUGGUUAGUCCUUUUGCCACCUGUGCCUGUCUGUCAGAUAAGCAGCAGCAUCCGACAUUUUUCAGAACAAUUCCCAGUGACCAGUACCAAGCUGAUGGGCUGGCCAAACUAGUGAAACACUUCGGCUGGACUUGGAUAGGUGCGGUACGCUCGGACUCAGAUUAUGGAAAUUUUGGCAUGGUGUCCUUUCUUGACGCAGCGCUCAGAGAGGGAAUCUGCGUCGAGUAUUCUGAAGCCUUCUAUCGAACCGACCCGCCCAGCAAGAUCAAAAGAGUUGCUGAUGUGAUUCGGAGGUCAACAGCCAUUGUUGUUGUGGCGUUUGCAGCCUCUGGUGAUAUGAAGGUCCUGUUAGAGGAGUUGGUCCAGGACCCUCCUCCACCUCGUCAGUGGAUUGGAAGUGAGGGUUGGGUUACUGACCCACUCUUGAUGAGCUUCAGUAUCUGUGCAGGGGCCAUUGGAGUAGCCAUUCAGCGAUCUGUUAUCCCAGGUCUGAGAAACUUCCUUCUAGAUCUCUCUCCCUCUAAAGUGGCUGCCUCCUCAGUGCUGACUGAGUUCUGGGAGGAUGUAUUCAACUGCAGCUUGACAGAAAACGCAGGUUUGAACAAAAGAGUGUGUGAUGGAACGGAAGACAUUAAAAGGCUUGUGAACCCGUACACUGAAACAUCCCAGUUAAGAGCGGCUAACAUGGUUUACAAGGCUGUUUAUGCAAUAGCACAUGCCAUUCAUAAUGCAGUGUGUGAGGAAACAAAUUCAACCAUUCUCUGUGACAAACACAUCAGUUUUGAGCCCAAACAGGCUUUCGCUGAAUUAAAGAAGAUAAACUUUUCCAGAAAUGGGUACCAUGUCUAUUUUGAUGCUAAUGGUGACCCAGGGGCUUUUUAUGAAUUAAUAAACUGGCAGAAAAGUGAGAGUGGUGUCAUUGAGCUGGUAACAGUGGGGUACUAUGAUGCAUCACUGCCAAAGGGAGAGAAAUUCCAUAUAAACGGGAACUUAACCUGGCUGGAUGGUGGCACACAGGUACCAGUGUCAGUGUGCUCUCUAAGUUGUCCUGCAGGAAGUCGUAAAGUGUUGCAGAAAGGAAAACCCAUCUGCUGCUAUGAUUGCAUACCAUGUCCUGAAGGAGAGAUCAGUAAUAUGACAGAUUCGCCUGAUUGCUUCUUAUGCCCCAAAGAAUUCUGGCCGAAUCCAAAGAAAGAUGCUUGUUUUCUUAAACCUGUGGAGUUUCUUUCCUUUGAUGAAGUCCUUGGAAUCAUACUGGCUGCAUUCUCUGUUAGUGGGGCCUGCCUGGCACUUACAGCAGCAGCAGUUUUCUUUCGGCACAGGACAACUCCAAUUGUCAGAGCCAACAACUCAGAGUUGAGCUUCCUGCUGCUCUUCUCUCUGACUCUGUGUUUCUUAUGUUCAUUAACAUUCAUCGGAGCACCUUCUGAGUGGUCCUGCAUGCUGCGUCACACAGCAUUUGGCAUCACCUUUGUUCUCUGUAUCUCCUGUGUUCUGGGAAAAACUAUAGUGGUUUUAAUGGCCUUUAAAGCUACACUUCCUGGUAACAAUGUGAUGAAAUGGUUUGGUCCUCUACAACAAAGAAUGACUGUAGUAUGUCUUGCUUUAAUUCAAGUCAUAAUAUGUACCUUGUGGUUAGUUCUGAGUCCCCCAUUCCCAAUUAAAAACCUAACCACCUACAAGGAGAAGAUAAUCCUGGAAUGUGCAUUAGGCUCUGCUGUUGGCUUCUGGGCUGUGCUGGGCUACAUCGGCCUGCUGGCUGUUUUCUGCUUUGUGUUAGCUUUUCUUGCUCGGAAACUACCUGAUAAUUUUAAUGAAGCCAAACUAAUAACCUUUAGCAUGUUGAUAUUCUGUGCAGUCUGGAUCACAUUCAUCCCAGCAUAUGUCAGCUCUCCUGGGAAAUUUACUGCGGCUGUGGAGAUUUUUGCCAUUCUGGCCUCUAGUUUUGGACUGAUACUGUGCAUAUUUGCUCCAAAGUGUUUCGUUAUUUUGUUUCAGCCAGAGAAGAACACAAAGAAAUAUUUAAUGAACAAAAAUUAA